CUGAGGUUGGAAACUUGGAAUCAAGAAGGGAAAAAAAAAUCGAUAUUUUUUUUUAUCGAAAAAUUCUUCCAUGGAUUAGUUGGAAAGAGACGGUGAACUUUUCAUAAUGUAGAAGAUGAAAAAGAAUGCAACUUCAAUCAAGUUGAUAUUUUUCUAGUCUCCAACCGAUAUUCAUCUCUGCGACUCAGCCCAGAACAUCGAUCAUCACAAAUUUGCUCGCCAGUACCGCUGCUUGACGAACCGAAAGUACUUAGCACUGAAAUAAUUCGCCGAGAGAGACUGUUUUAACUUUAAGCCUCAGUAAUGUCACUGCUCAAUCAACUCUUUAACAGAGGGGUCUUUGCUGGAAAAUGCAAAACUUGCUUGAGCCUGGCAAUUUCGCGAAUCAAGUUGCUGCAGAAUAAGAGGGAUCUGCAGCUGAAGCAUAUGCACAAGGAGAUAGCACAGUUCUUGCAGGCCGGGCAGGAACCGAUAGCUCGGAUUCGGGUGGAGCAUGUAAUACGGGAACAAAACAUAUGGGCUGCAUAUGAAAUUCUAGAGCUUUUCUGUGAGUUUGUUCUUGCUCGUGUUCCGAUCAUCGAAAGCCAGAGAGAAUGUCCAGUUGAAUUGCGAGAGGCUAUUUCCAGCAUAAUAUUUGCUGCUCCUCGAUGUUCUGACCUUCCAGAUUUACUGCAGUUGAAGAAUUUAUUUGCAGUCAAAUAUGGCAAAGAAUUUGUCUCUGCUAUUUCUGACCUUCGUCCUGAUUCUGGUGUUAAUCGAUCAAUUAUUGAAAAGCUUUCAGUGAGUGCCCCUCCUGGAGAGUUGAAGCUCAAGGUCAUGAAGGAGAUCGCACAAGAGCAUGGUCUCAACUGGGAUUCUUCCAACACUGCAUCUGAAUUUAGUAAAACCCACGAAGAUCUACUGGGCGGACCGAAGGUAGUACACGGAGCAGCAGCCUCUCAAACUCCCCUCCAACAUGGCUCUUCCAAUUCUUCCGGGACAGCACGUCCUGUUGUGUCUCCCACGGGAAAGCAAGAACCUGAUCGCCACCAUACAUUCAGCCCAAUUAACAAUACUACGAUAAAUGAAAUAAAACCAGCAUCGAAGAAUUUUAAUUUCAAACCAGAAGUUGAUGCUAAAUUAGACACAAUACCACCUCCAUCCGACAUAUUAGAGAAAGCCAGAGCUGCCAUCGCUUCAGCUGAACGUGCCACUGCAGCAGCCCGUGUAGCUGCCGAGCUAACUAAUGUCAACCUUGGAGCAAUGAAGCUUGAAGGAGGAGCACAAGCUUCUGAUUGUUGAAGACAGAAAAGAGAAGGUAAUAUAUACAUUAUUGUUUGAUUCUGAGGCAUAAAUUCUGUGUUUGAAGUUACUCACGAGUGUUGAAAGAUUGAAGAGUGAAGAGUCAAUCCACAAGUGGAACCAAAUCAAAUCAAAUGUAUGUAAUUAAUACAGUUACAAGUAAAAUUUAUUUCCAUGUAUUUGUUGUGUGGUUAAGUCGUAAAA